GCCAGUUGUUCGGUGAACUUCGCGUGAGGCGCUUGUGUUUGAACACUGGCGGGAGAUUCGAAAUUAUUCGACGAACAUUCCUUUUUCGAAAAAAUGUUUGCUUUUUUUCUACGCAGAUAGAAUCGCUGUUUCUUUUUCAAAUAAGUGUUUGAGUAAAGUUGUUCUAAUUUCAAUUUUUUUUUUAAAGUUUUACUUUUUUUAUUUUUUACCGUCUACAAAGAUUUUAUUCUUAUGUUUAAGAAGUUUUUAAUAUUUGAUUAUUUAUUUAUUUUCGACUAGUGUUUAAUUUGUUUUGGUAAAGUGUGAGUGGACAUUUUUAAACAAAACAUUAGUUCUGUUUACGUGAAAAUUUAAAUGAAGCCACCUAAUGAUACCAUGAUUUGAAAAGAAGAAAAAAAGACAUUCAAAAUGCUUAACAAAAGCAUAAACAUAUCAAUUCUACUCCUAAUUAUCGUUGAAUCUUCAACGUCGGAAAUUAUAGAAGACAACAUAACAAGAGAACCAAUUAAAGCAACCGAAUUAAAUAGAAGAAUUAUAAGAUUAAUAGAAAUCAAAGAAAGCAAUGAAGAUCUCCCAAACAGAUAUAAAAGAAGUUUACCAGAGAACGACAAAGAACCUCCAGAAACAAAAGAAAACACGACGGAAGAAUGCGUAGGAGCAGCGGAGUUUUGCAAUAUGACCAAAGAAGCAUACAUUGCCAUGCUUCAAGAAUACAUAUACCCACAGACGUAUGAAUGGGUGUUAAUAGCUACUCAUUCCAUAGUCUUCCUUACUGGACUAAUAGGGAAUGCCUUGGUCUGCAUCGCCGUCUAUAGAAACCAUUCUAUGAGGACCGUGACGAACUACUUCAUCGUGAAUUUGGCCGUGGCGGAUUUUAUGGUGAUACUUUUCUGCCUGCCAGCUACGGUGCUGUGGGAUGUUACUGAGACAUGGUUCCUUGGAGACGUGCUGUGCAAAAUGCUGCUUUAUUUUCAGUCUGUGUCCGUGACGGUGUCCGUUCUGACGCUGACGUUCAUCUCGGUGGACCGCUGGUACGCGAUCUGCUUCCCGCUCAAGUUCAAGUCGACAACCAGCCGCGCCAAGACCGCCAUACUCAUCAUAUGGAUCAUGUCUCUGUCUUUCAAUUCACCAGACCUGGUGGUGCUGAAGACCGACAAGCCAGUUCCUCUAAGGUUCGAGUUGGAGUACCUGGUGCAGUGCAUCGCGACCUGGUCUUCGCAGGCUGACCUGGUGUGGCAUAUCUUGAAAGUGGUGUUCAUAUACACGAUACCACUCCUGCUGAUGACUGUGGCGUACCUUCAGAUAGUGCGGGUCCUGUGGCAUUCAGACAAGAUUCCAGGCCAGGCCGAGACCAUCAAACUAGCCCCGGCUGAACAGACUCAACUGCGUUCCCGCAGGAAGGCAGCAAAGAUGUUAGUAGCUGUUGUCGUCAUGUUCGCGGUGUGUUACUUCCCUGUUCACCUCCUGUCUGUGUUGAGGUACACUUUAGACAUGGAACAGAGCGACGCCAUUACUUUCUUAGCGCUAGUCUCUCACGUCAUGUGCUACGCGAACUCCGCCGUCAACCCACUAAUUUACAACUUUAUGAGCGGUAAAUUCCGCCGUGAAUUUCGCCGUGCUUUCUGCUGCUCGUCAAGGCCGGUUCACGAGAACUUCACCAGCCUCACGCGCGUCACUACAUCCAAGAAGAAGGAACAGAGUUGCGACAAAAGCUUAAGUCAAAGGAACGUUAGCAAUACCACGUUUAUUCAGAAUGGAUUUAAGAGUGGAUAUUACGCUUAGAAAUUGUGAUACAGUUAAUUUUUACAUACAUACAUACAUAGUAUCGCGCCUCUAUCUUAUAAGAGUAUGCAGAGACUAUGGAUUGCUAAUUUUUACGAUUCUUACGUACUUCUCUCGCUUCCUCCACCUUCAUCAAUCUUUUCAUGCAUUCCUGCCGGUUCCGGAUACUUUUGACCUGACGUUUACUGAGAGUAUCAGAUAUUCAUUCGAAGGUUCGAUGUGGUCGACCCCUACCGGCUCUUCCAUCCACAUUCGCCUUAUAAACCCUCUUUGUCAGUUUCCCAUCAUCCAUCGUCUCCAAAUGCCCAAACCACUUUAGCAUACCCAUUAAUUAUGUAAAAUGAUAAACUUAAUCAUUUACUCUGGUUUUGUAUAAAUUAAGGACUUCAAAUACAAAUGAUUACAUCAUGAGAAGGAACACUCUUGGUGGAAAGUGGGGUGCCAUGGAUGACCCCUCUGUCUACCCUUUCAGGGAUAGAGGCGUAAUGUUUUUCAAAUACAAAUUAUAGUAAUUUAUAGCAAAAGGUGUUACAAAUACUCCAAAAGAUUAUUCUUAAGUAUUUAAAAAAUCUUGUGAGUCAGGAUUUAGGCGGGAAAAAAUAGUGACACACUGAUUUCCACGUGGGCGAAGUCUCGGGCACUGCUAGUUCUGAAAGUAUCAAGAUAUGUUACCUUGACCACAGGUCUUUGCGGGUUGGGGGGGGGGGGGACCAGGUUGCUACCUGGGCUCGGGCUGCCGCCCGAGGCACUUACAGGAGCUUCGCGUUGCCUUGGAAGACCUUUUUUACAAAAGAGAAGUUUCGGAGUCCUUUGUUUUACUCCACCCGUAACCUCGCGUCGUUUUUAUCUUGGUUUCGUCUCAGGCCUCGCGUUGUUAAGGCCGCCACUGUUUCGACGAUGGCUUUUAUAAUACCUUUUAACUGUUUUAUUCUACUGCAAAUUGUUUACUCUGUGUUGUAAGAUCUAAGUCAAAUAGAAUAAGUGUUAUGAUUUAUUAUGUUUAGUGCAGCCCUCAUGAUCACGCGGCAGACUGAGGUGUAGGUGGACGAAAACGUCACUUACAAUAUCUACAUACAUUUUACAAUUUAAAAAUAAUAUUCAAAGUCUGAUUUACGCAGAAUGAACUCACACUAUUUUCAUGACAAAAUUGAAAAAAAAGAAAAAUGUAGGUAGAUAUUGUAACUGGCUUUUUCGAUGACCAACACCACACUCCUCCCGUGACUAUGAAUGGUGCAGUCUUCGAAACAUCGUGAAAAAAUUUAAAUAUCAAUACUGCGAUAGAAUCCCAAAACUAGUUUAAUUUCGAAGAAUAGGUGUUAAAUAUAAGUUAUGUUAUAAAAUUAUACCUGUAUUCUAUAGUGUCCCACUGCUGGGCUUGUACUACUGAGAGGGCUUCGGCCUUAGUCCACCACGCAGAUUUACUGUGGGUGUCAACCUGGUAUUUUCAACUUUUACCUUCAAAUUUUUCAUGAAAAAUUUUUAGGUGUGCAGGCUUUUUCGGGAUCUACGCAUGAUUUGUAAAAAGUUAUUCUGUAGAAUCAAUUAAUUUGUCUAUAAUACCGAUGUGAUUAUUUUAAUAUGUGUAUUUAUAAUAAAUAUUUGGAAUA